GAAGGAAAGAUUACAUUCAUUCGUAUAUUUUAUAUGGCCUAUGAAUAUAAAUAGUGACGUUAUUACAUUGGACAAGGCGUCCGGAAAGAUAUCAAAACUAGGUCGUUCCUUUACGCGUGCUAGGGAUUAUGAUGCAAUGGGAGCAGACACAAAAUUUGUACAAUGCCCCGAAGGUGAACUACAAAAACGCAGAGAAGUGGUUCAUACAGUUUCGUUACACGAAAUUGAUGUGAUCAAUAGUCGAACGCAAGGAUUUUUGGCAUUAUUUUCAGGUGAUACUGGUGAAAUCAAGUCCGAAGUGCGAGAACAAAUAAAUACAAAGGUUACUGAAUGGAGGGAAGAAGGAAAAGCAGAAAUCGUUCCUGGC